AUGAAGUCUCGACCAGCUAUAGUAGCUACUACCAGUGGUACUUCAACACCAGCCAAACGAACUCUAUUUCGUAUUGCAUUAACUGUAGCUUUGGUCUGCAUAACAGGUGUCACAACAAUAUUAAUUUUACACGGUGGAUUAUCUCUUAUGCGUCUUCGAUAUUUUGUUGACAUUGGUGUACAUCCUCGUCAUGUAACAUCGUUAGCAUUAGUUAUUUUUGGCAUACUUGCAUUAUUAACAUUGAUGAUAUUAAUAAUCGGAUUGAUUAAAGUGAAUAGAUCAUUAGCAAUUGUAGCAGCGGUUCUAUUAGGCGUCUGUUCACUUGGUCUUAUUGCAUUUAGUACUUGGUCAUUCUUAACAAUAGCUAGUGGCCAAUUGGCAGCAUCAAUUAAUAGUACUAUUGUUAAAGAAUUAGAUCAAACUCAAUAUCGAGUUUCAACUGGGAACGAUGUUGUCAUCGAAAAUACUCCUAAAAUGGCACGACUAGAAAAACAACAUCAAUGCUGUGGACUAACUGAUCCUAUCGAAGAUUAUCGAAGUCGACAACCGGCUAUAUAUGGAUCGUUGAAUCCAUCGUCAUCAAGCGGAAACAGUCAUAGUAAAGGUAGAAAUCCUCCUACGCAACGAAAUACAGCAACAUUUGGAUCUUCUGUACAAUUACCAAUUAGUUGUUGUAAUGAAAAAUAUCGUUCAGAAAAUAAUCUAUGCAUUGAUAUGUUUAGCAAUAAUACAAAUCCAAUUAAUCGCUAUAACAUAGUUGGAUGUUACGCUGUUGUUGCUCGACAUAAAUUUGGACGUAUUCAACGAGAAGGUUUUGCAACUGUUGUAGCAGCAUGUUUAUCUGUUAUUAGUUGCAUUGCUCUUGCUGCUGUUGUACGACUUUUAGGUGAAGGUUAUCAAAUUGUACCAUUUCGUACCAUCAAAUAA